UUCUUUCUCAGUUUCCCAUGCCAUGGCGUCCCUUUCAGCGCAAGCCACCCCCACCCCGCCGCCGUAGCACUUAGAACCCCUUCCCACCAAGACUCUUCUCCCAAUCUUUUUCUUUCUCCGCUCCUAUCUUCUUCUUGAUCUCGAAACGAGGUCGGAGCUCCUCGGAUCACCGGCGGGUUCGGGCCACCUUCUUGCUCUCCUCCCCUCGCGGAAACCUGCACUUUGACCGAGCAAGAAGGGCAUCUUGAGCGUCUGAGGCGGUUCUUUCUUUGAAACCCUUGCCUCUAUUGGUGGAAUCUUUAGGUUUGGAAGGUGCGAGUAGUUAGACAAGAGGUGUGGUGUUCUUGAAGGCAACAGAAUGUGUGCCUUCUCUUCUUGGAUAAAGAAGCGUUUUCUGCUGCUCUGCACCAUUGUUGGUCAUUUUGAGUCUGGUUGAUGGGAAGUGUCGAUCAAGUAAGCCCCAAUGGGGCUGGGAACAAAGCGAUGCCGGAACUAAACUAUCACAUCCGGGAUGAACACAAUGAAGUUAUUGAUGGCAUCAUGAGGGAGGGCCAGGGGCUCUCAGGAGGGGAUGAGUCGAGGAUUAAUGAGGCAGCAGAAGAUUUGAACAAUGACCAAGAAGGUUAUGGGGCAGUCCCAGUGGCACAUCAGUCCGGUCCACGUAAACAGCAGCAGUCACCAGGGCCAAUCAUUCGUUGGGAGAGGUUUCUUCCUGUCAGAUCACUGAAGGUCCUGCUCGUGGAGAAUGACGAUUCAACCCGCCAAGUUGUCAGUGCCUUGCUCCGUAACUGUAAUUAUGAAGUUACUGCUUCUGCAAAUGGCCUUCAAGCAUGGAAAAUCUUGGAGGAUCUUACAAAUCAUAUUGACCUUGUCUUGACUGAGGUACUCAUGCCUUGUUUAUCUGGCAUUGGUCUUCUAAGCAAGAUCAUGAGCCACAAAACUUGCAAGAAUAUUCCUGUUAUUAUGAUGUCAUCAAAUGAUUCCAUGGGUACAGUCUUUAAAUGUUUGUCAAAAGGUGCAGUUGACUUUUUAGUGAAGCCUAUUCGCAAGAAUGAGCUAAAAAACCUUUGGCAGCAUGUCUGGAGGAGAUGUCAAAGCUCUAGUGGCAGUGGCAGUGGCAGUGAAAGUGGCACCCAAACCCAAAAAUCUGCUAGGUCAAAGAGUGCUGAUGACUCUGACAAUAAUAGUGGCAGCAAUGAUGAUGACGACGAUAGGAGCAUUGGCUUGAAUAUUAGAGAGGGAAGUGAUAAUGGUAGCGGAACUCAGAGUUCCUGGACGAAACGUGCGGCGGAUGUGGACAGCCCCCAACCUAUGUCUCCAUCAGAUCAGUUAGAUGAUCCACCUGAGAGUACCUGGGCUCAGGUCAUUCACCCGAAGCCUGAAACAUUCUGUAAUGAUUGGGUGCCUAUGACUGCCAAUAGGGAGUGCAAAGGAAAAAAAGAACUUUAUGCAGAUGAUUUCAUGGGCAAAGACCUGGAGAUUGGAGUACCCAGGAAUCCAGAUACACAAUAUGAAUCAUAUCCAACUGAGCAGGUUUCUACCAAGUUAACAUGCACAAGCAUGGACAAAUUGCCUGAAAGUGACCCAAAAAUUGAGGGUACAUUGGGACUUGAUAACAACAAUAUGUCUGAUGAACCAAGCAUCCAAGCUGCUGAUCUGAUCGGUGCAAUCACUAACAGCAUGGAUGCUCAACUGGUAACCAGAGUUAUGGAGGCACCUAAUGGCUUCUCCAGUGUCACAGAAGGCAAAGAUAAAACUGCGGAUGGCUCCAUGGAGUUACCAUCCCUUGAGUUGAGUUUGAAGUGGCUGAGAUCAACAGGACAGAAGGGAGCUGCUACUCAUGAUGGCUGCAAUGUUCUAAGACGUUCAAAUCUGUCAGCAUUCUCAAGGUACCACACUUCUGCUACUUCUAAUCAAGCCCCUACUGGGUAUGGAGGUAGCUGUUCUCCGCUUGACAACAGCUCAGAGGCAGUGAAGAUGGAAUCUACAAACAAUAUGAUAUGUAAUUCAUAUGCUGCUCCUCUAAAACGGGGCUCUGAUUGCAGUAGUAACAACAAUGACAUGGGCUCCACCACCAAUAAUGUCUUCACAAAACCAGUUGCGUACAAGGAAAAAGCAGCAUCUACAUCAACGUUCAAGUGUAUCCAUCCCUCUUCAGCCUUCCAUCCUGUGCAGUUUCAAGCAUCUGCUCAGCAAGUUAUGCAACAGAAAGUUGAUGAUUUAGCAGCAGCAUCAGUGGGACAGCCAAGAGAGAUCCAAUGUCGAGUCCAAGUGCACCAUCGCCAUCACCUCUAUCAUCACCAACACCAUAUCCACAGCAUGCAGCUGCAGCAGCGGCUGCAGCCACCAGACCAUGAUGAGAUGUCUCUCAAGAAUAUGGCAGCAGCUGCCCCACAAUGUGGGUCAUCUUCUAUGUUCACUGGGCCAGUGGAAGGUAAUGCUGCAAAUUAUAGCAUAAACAGGAGCAAUUCAGGAAGUAAUCAUGGGAGCAAUGAGCAGAAUGGAAGUAGUGCAGCUGUCAAUGCUGUAGGAAUGAAUAUGGAGAUUGCCAAUGGUAUUGCAGACAAAAGCACGGCUGGAGGUAGCGGUAGUGGGGUAGAUCAGUGCCGUUUUGCAUGGAGAGAAGCUGCCCUGCAGAAAUUCAGGCAGAAAAGGAAGCAAAGGAACUUUGGAAAGAAGGUCCGUUAUCAAAGCAGGAAGAGACUUGCAGAGCAGAGGCCACGCAUGCAUGGACAGUUUGUGCGACAGUCUAUUCAAGAACAGAGAGACCAGGAAGAAAACAGAUGACAUCAUCAGUCAUUUGGGUACAAAAUGUUAGCAAGUAUGCAAAUUGAAAUUUCUUGGCUUUGAGCCGCUCAUGGAUGGGCAGCACAUAGAUCCAGGUUGUGAGAACAUAAUAAAAGGAUUUGGUGUGUGGCAUGACUUCGAUGACUACUACAUGGAUGUUGGUCACCCUUGAAAGGGGUAGCUAUCAGCUGUAAUCGUAAAGGCACGUCCGCAGCACUGUUUUAUGGUUUGUGCUGUUAAAGUCUGCAUGUUAUUGUUAUCCUGUUUCAGUCCA